GGCGCCGCGGGGCGCGGCGCUGCCCCGGUGACCGCGGCGCCCGUGCCCGCAGGGCGAGGCGCUGCACUGGCUGGCCUGCGCGCUGUACGUCGCCUGCCGCCGGAGCCGCGUGCCCACCGUGGGGAGCAGCCCGAUGGAGGGGAACGGCGUCUCCCUGACCCGCAUCCUGCGCUCCGCACGCCUCAGCUUAAUUCAGUUUUUUAGCAAAAUGAAGAAGUGGAUGGACAUGUCAAACCUUCCCCAGGAAUUCCGAGAGCGAGUUGAGAGGCUGGAGAGAAAUUUUGAAGUGUCAACCGUGAUUUUCAAAAAGUUUGAACCAAUAUUUUUUGAUAUAUUUCAAAACCCUUAUGAAGAAAGUUCCAAACCGCAUCGAAGCCGGAAGCAGAGGCGGGUGCCAUGCAGCGUCAAAGAUCUCUUCAACUUCUGCUGGACUCUCUUUGUGUACACUAAGGGUAAUUUCCGUAUGAUUGGAGAUGAUUUAGUAAAUUCCUAUCAUUUACUUCUGUGCUGCUUGGACCUGAUUUUUGCCAAUGCCCUUCUGUGUCCAAACAGAAGAGAUUUGCUAAAUCCAUCGUUUAAAGGCUUACCAGUGGAGUUCCACACUCUGGAGAUCAAAGCCUCCAAGGAGCCUCCCUGCAUCAUUGCCAUGCUCUGCGAGCUGCACGACGGGCUCCUUGUGGAAGCGAAGGGCAUAAAGGAGCACUACUUCAAACCAUACAUUGCAAAGCUGUUUGACAGAAAGAUCUUAAAAGGAGAUUGUCUGUUGGAUCUUUGCAACUUUACAGAAAAUAGCAAAGCACUGAAUAAAGAGUAUGAAGAGUAUGUUCUCACUGUGGGUGACUUUGAUGAGAGAGUUUUCCUGGGAGCUGAUGCUGAAGAAGAAAUUGGCACUCGAAAGUUCUCUGCAGAUGUGCCAGGAGAGAAAACAACAGCAAGAGCUCACAUGGAGUGUCAUCUGCAGCAGCAUUUUGAAAAGAAAAGGUCAUUUGCACCUUCAACUCCACUGACUGGCAGAAGAUACCUGCGAGAAAAGGAAACUGCCAUCACUCCAGUGGCUUCAGCCACACAGAGUGUGAGCCGUUUGCAGAGCAUGGUGGCUGGGUUGAAAAAUGCACCUAGUGAACAACUUACAGCUAUUUUUGAGUCUUGUGCCCGCAGCCCCUUGGAAAGCAUCAUGAGCAGAGUGAAGGAAAUCGGUGAGACAUUCUGUUGCCACUACACUCAGUCAACAGAUGAGCAGCCAGGAUCUCACAUAGAUUUUGCUGUAAACAGAUUAAAACUGGCAGAGAUCUUGUACUAUAAAAUCUUGGAGACCAUAAUGGUGCAAGAAACACGGAGACUGCAUGGGAAGGAUCUGACUGCUCUCCUGGAACAGGAUCUCUUCCACCGCUCCCUGCUGGCGUGCUGCUUGGAGAUUGUGCUCUUUGCUUACAGCUCCCCUCGCACCUUCCCCUGGAUCAUUGAAGUUCUUGACCUCAGGCCAUUCUAUUUCUAUAAGGUUAUUGAAGUGCUGAUUCGCUCUGAGGAAGGACUUUCCAGAGACAUGGUGAAGCACCUCAAUAGCAUCGAGGAACAGAUUCUGGAGAGUCUGGCCUGGACUCGGAACUCAGCACUGUGGAAUGCACUCGAGGCCUCAGAAAACAAAGUCCCAACCUGUGAAGAAGUAAUAUUUCCCAGUAAUUUUGAGGCCAGCAAUGGAGGAAGUGGCUUUGGGCACUUGCCCAUGAUGCCAUUAUCUCCCAUAAUUCAUCCUCGAGUGAAAGAGGUUCGGACAGAUCUUGGUGGGAGUUUAAGACGAGACAUGCAGCCAUUGUCUCCAAUCUCCGUUCACGAGCGCUACAGCUCUCCUACAGCUGGAAGUGCUAAGAGAAGGCUCUUUGGAGAUGACAGCCCCAAAGAAAUGCAGAUGGAAAAAAUCUUAACGAAAGGAACUAAGCUGACAAUUGCUCCAGCAUCAAGCAUUGGUGCUGAAAACAUGUCAUCAUCUCCUGCCCAGACAAUGCUGACGAUGACAACCACUACAGUACCAGGACAAGCAGGACAGAAGGUCACUAUCCCACUGCAUGGCAUUGCAAAUGACAUGGGUGGAAUCACCUUGAUCCCCAUUUCGAUUAAUUUAGGCCAGCCAUGUAAAGUGGAUGCUCAGGCUCCCUGCCACCCUCCUGGGAACCAGGCACAAGAAGUGCAGCUGCCAGCGGCCAGUAAACCGAAGAGAACGGGCUCCUUGGCACUGUUCUACAGGAAGGUGUAUCAUCUGGCAAGCGUGCGCUUGCGUGAUCUGUGCUUGAAACUGGAUGUUUCCAAUGACCUGCGCAGGAAGAUAUGGACAUGUUUUGAAUUCACAUUGGUUCAUUGUGCUGAUCUUAUGAAAGACAGGCAUUUGGACCAGCUCCUUCUCUGUGCUUUUUAUAUCAUGGCAAAGGUAACCAAAGAGGAAAGAACUUUUCAGGACAUAAUGAAAAGUUACAGAAAUCAGCCACAGGCAAACAGCCAUGUUUAUAGGAGUGUCUUGUUGAGAAGUACAUCUGAUGAUGGUCCAUUGGACAAAAAUGCAAACCCAGAUAUGGAGAUGACAGAAGACUCAUCUGUGAAAGCUGGCAGCUCCUUGGGACAAUCUGCAGCAGAGAACUCGAGUGGGUCACAAACAGAGGAGAGAGGAGACCUUAUUAAAUUUUACAACGCAGUCUACGUAGGAAGAGUAAAGUCAUUUGCACUGAAGUACGAUAUCACAAACCAGGAUCAUGUGACGUGUGCUGUGUUGCAGAUGGAGGCGCCUGCGCUGUCGCCGUUCCCCAGCCUCCGGCAGCAGGCGGCGUCCCCGCGGCGCGUCUGGCAGCAGCACUGCGUGUACGUGUCGCCCCACAAGAACGGCGCCUGCCUCACGCCGCGCUCCGCCCUGCUCUACAGGUUCAACGGCAGCCCCUCCAAGAGUUUGAAGGACAUCAACAAUAUGAUAAAACAAGGUGAACAUAGGAGUAAGAAGCGAGCAAUAACAAUUGACAGUGACACCGAAUCCCCCUCAAAGCGACUCUGCCAGGAGAAUGAUGAUGUUCUACUAAAACGUCUGCAGGAUGUUGUCAGUGAAAGAGCAAAUCACUAAAAAACUUCUUCUGUGGGAUCUCUAAGUUACAGAGCUGGAUACAGCUGCUGUGCUAUUUAUUUCUUGGUUUUGUAUAUAGACAACUGUCAAGUUCCUUCAACACUGAACUUUCAUCUGACUUCCACAGGACGCAAAAAGAGUUUUGUAGGAAAUGCCAGUCAUCUUCAUGCCCAAAGACCACACUUUACUAUAACUUACUCUGAGCUGUUUUAGCAAAAGAGUGUUCUGUGAAAGCCAUAUUGGAUGUUCUCAAGCCUCAUUUGCAGCAGCAUGAAUUCUGAGUGUAACUCAGCUGGUAAUACCAGUUUUAUUAUUGGCAUAAGAGUGAUAAAGAAAUUAGUGAAAUCAGUGAAAUUUCCUCAAGCUUUUGGCAUUUAGAGAACAAACUUGCAAAGUGCCUUAUUUGAAAAGAAUAUGGAAUUUUAUGCGUUAUUUUACUGUGGAGUAACUGGAGGGAGAAGAAAUUAAUUAUUUAGCUUCGGGAAGAGCCGAGUAGUUUUGAACAGUCCGAGCUUCUGUUAAAGGGUAGGUUGUGACAUGUAUCUGACAGCUUUUGCAGUAACAAAGGCAAUAAUCUAAAAAUGCAAAUAGUGGUGACUUAGGUUGGACUCUGGUAAAGCACUGAGAUACAGUUCUGUGAGCCUGAAUUCCCUUUCUCUUGAGCCAGUGGUGCUCCACGUUGGAAGCCACAGAGCAGCCUGCCCUGGUUGCUGUUCAUGGCAGCUCACCCAUGAGGAAAUACAGUUCUAGCUGAAAUCAGCAGCUGGGGUUUGGCCAUCUCAAAGCUGUUCAAAUGCACAAAUUCAUUUAACAAAUGGAAUGUCUUGUUUUUUCCUGAAGACCUUUGGCCUCUUGUGUAGUAUCUACACUGAAUGUAAGCCCAUCACAUAAGGGGGUGUGUAUGUGUGAGGUUUUGUAGCUGUUGAAGGCUUGGGUUCACUGGAAAAGUAGAAAUUCCAGCAUCCAAUUCUUGUAACUGACUUUAAUGCUGAGGAUUUGGUAGGGUCUGUUUUACCAAAAUGGAGAAAAGUCAGGGUUUACUCAUUACUGUAAAUCAGUAGUUUGAUCUUAUUUUAUAAUUGUAUUUAAGGUUAGAGCCAUAGAGAAACUUCUCAGCACUGUAAUUUUCAGUUUCUGUGUAACUGAACUGAAAAAAAAAAAGAACAAUUACAUGGGACUUAUUUGAGGGGCUCUGUUCUCUUC